AUGGGAAAGUACAAAAUGCCCACUGUACAGCAAUUUUUGGAAAAAAAGAAAAUCUACGAUAAAAAAGAACCUGUAUGGGUUUACUUAGAGAGGGAAAUGCGAGAACAUGUCGAUAAAAAACCUUACAACGAAAAAGUUGGCGCGUGGCUACGGUUUUUAAAGGAUUUAAGAUAUUAUUUCUACUGUGAAGAAAAACGUAAGUAUACACGGUUAGUCACAGAAGUUGGGCCACCCUGGUACUGUGAGUUAUCGAGUUCACAAAGGGAAGUUCUUCACGACUUAAAGACCAAUAUACACCAGGAUUUACUAGAGGAUAUACCAAGAAGAGUACGAAAGUCGCUAUCAGACCUUGGUAUUACCCUAAAAAUUCCUAAACCAAUACUAAUGAAAGCUAUGAAUGCAUCUGUAGAAGAUCCUGGCGUUUUUAUAUGGAAUCUAUAUACCGAAUACUAUAAGAAAUCACCAAGUGAGCUACGGCCUGAAUAUGAUAUGAAUUCAAUGAUAUUAAUGUCAAGUUUGGUGUUCAUCGAUCUAGAGGAAUGUAUAGAUAGGCUGGAAAAAUUAACAGCUUGUGAAAGAGUGCCGACCAAAGUGCCAGAACCAAAGCAAAAGAAAAACACGCAACCGAAUGUAAGAUAUGGAGAGUAUUUGCAAAAAUGCUACGUACCAUGUUACAGUAGCCAUACAAAGAAAAUCACAGACAAAGAUAAGCCCUUGCCUUUGGGAUUUAAAUUCAAACUACGAAGUGUUGAGAGUUAUGAAAAAUUAUGCAAGAAUCAGUCCUUCCUCGAAAAACGAAAAGAGCGAAAUAAAAAACAGAAGCAAGAAGAAAGAGUGUGUAAUUACAAAUUUUGGGAGCCGCCGAGUACUUUGCGUAACAGAAAUCCCAAAAUGGCGGCUAUGGCCAACAAAUUAAAAGAGCUGAAGAAUAAACCAAAGCCAAAGUAUAAAGCGCCCUACAAGAACGUUCAAUAUAACAUCUGUGGGGUGGCAUUUAGUGGUGGGAAACCUAAUUAUUUAAUAAAUGGUGUGUCCUUAUUACCAACUGGUUUCGUGCCAAUAAAUGCUGGUCUUGUGAGUGUGGGCGGUGAACAAGUCACAACUAUUGUCGGAUACUGGAAAUUUCCUCGUACAGUUGUUGCAAAAUGUGACGGGACUUGUGAUUGUAAAGAGAAAUGGGAAGAGACUGUUAUGGACUAUUUACAGAAUUCGAAAUGUCGAUGUGGUCAUCUUUAUGACUACAAUAAUAAGGGCAAAGUCACAGAUAAAUAUUUCUAUCCACCAACGAGGCACGGAAAACACUGGUUUGAUUCUGCGAAAAUAUUUCAAAUGGAUUCAUUGGAAGACUUCAUUCGGGAUACUGUGAAAGACGCUCUUAUGUCUACGGAGCCUUCGCGGGAGCCCUCAAUGCCGACUCUACUACCGUCUGGUUUAAGGCUGCAAGAUUUAUUGGAGGCGUUUUUAGCAGAAUUGUCUGACACUCCACUCUUAAUUCCUCAUCUGCCAAAGGCGUGCCUCUUGAAUAACCUGUUAGAGUGGGUCCGCAAGAGGAUUAAAGGAAAAAUGACACCUGCCGAUCAUAAGAGAUUAAUCCUUCAAUCGCAAAGACGAUGGCUGGAUCUGAAACAUAUCGAUUUCCGGGCUAUAGCCUACAGAAUACCAUUCACAUUGAAACAAUUGGAACAUAUGAAUUGGUCACAUCGGUAUCUCAUACAAACACUGUUUAAAAUACUGUUGGAUAAUUUCGUAACAAGGAAUAGACUGCAACAACUUACGCAAACAAGGCUCUGGUGGACAACCACUAAAUAUGAUGUCUAUCCUAGUAAAGCUUUCUUGGACAUAUUUUUCACGUAUAUGCCUGGAAGGAUGAAAGACACAUUUUUAAUUAACCCAUACAGUUCAGAACUAACGCCCAAGUAUGGGGCCAAAACCUGUCCCUUGGGGAACUAA